GCCGUCCCGGAGGACUGACUGAAUUGAGUGCUUGAUGAGAGGACCAUGAAGCAUAGAAGCACAGGUUCAGGAAAUCCAUGUGAAUCAAUCAGUUCUUGUAUUUGCCUUGAGCCCUGUUCCUAUUGGCUGGAAUAUCAGGGGGUGGGGUGGUUAGUGGCAAGAUAAAAGGAGCAAAUAUCCCUUGUCCUUUAACACACAAACACACUCCCCACGUGCCUGGCUGUCUGUCCGUCUGUUUGUGUACGCUAAAGAAGAGGACAGUAUCCACAAUCUGAAGCUCUCACUUGAAAAUUGUUACCAUGGAUGCAGCAGAGUUUCGCCGCAGAGGGAAGGAGAUGGUAGACUAUGUAGCCGACUACCUGGAGAACAUCGAACAGCGACCAGUCUACCCAGAUGUGGAACCGGGGUAUCUCCGUUCAUUGAUCCCUACUGAGGCACCACUGGAGCCUGAGAAAUACGAUGACAUUCUUGCAGAUGUGGAGAGGAUUAUAAUGCCGGGGGUCACACACUGGCAUAGCCCAUACUUCUAUGCCUACUUUCCAUCUGCUAGCUCAUACCCUGCCAUCUUGGCCGACAUGCUGUGUACAGGCAUUGGCUGUAUUGGAUUCUCCUGGGCUGCCAGCCCAGCCUGUACAGAGCUGGAGACAGUGAUGUUAGAUUGGCUGGGGAAGAUGCUGAACCUGCCGGAGACUUUUAUAGCUGGGACUCAUGGCCACGGAGGAGGUGUAAUCCAGAGCACAGCCAGUGAAGCAACCCUGAUGUCCAUGCUUGCUGCCCGCUGUAAAGCGGUCCGCUACGUUCAGGCGUCCAACCCUGAAAAAUCUCAGGGUGAAAUCCUCUCCAAACUGGUGGCAUACACCUCUGAGCAAGCUCAUUCCUCAGUGGAGCGUGCUUCUCUGAUUGCUGGAGUGAUCAUGAAGAAGGUUCCCACAGACAACAGCUAUGCUGUCGAAGGGAGCAUGCUUAAGAAGAUCCUGGAGCAGGACAAAGCAGCCGGACUCAUCCCUUUCUAUUUCUGUGCGACCCUUGGCACCACGCCAUCAUGUGCUUUUGAUCACAUCACCGAGCUGGGGCCAAUAUGUAAAGAGGAAAGUAUGUGGAUGCACAUUGAUGCAGCAUAUGCAGGGAGCGCAUUCAUCUGUCCGGAAUUUAGGCCUUUGUUGAAUGGCAUUGAGUUUGCAGACUCUUUCAACUUCAACCCACACAAAUGGCUUUUAAUCAACUUUGACUGCUCUACAAUGUGGGUGAAGGAGAGAGAGGCCAUUAUUGGAGCCUUCAAGAUGGAACCACUCUACCUGAAACACGAAAACCAGGAGUCAGGGAUAAUCACAGAUUAUCGGCACUGGCAGAUUCCACUCGGAAGAAGAUUUCGCUCACUUAAGAUGUGGUUUGUCUUCCGUAUGUAUGGGCUCCAAGGUCUGCAGGAUCAUAUACGCAAGCAAGUGGGCCUGGCCAAAGAGUUUGAGAGUCUAGUACGAGCAGACAACAGGUUUGAGAUCUGUGCCAAGGUCAUCAUGGGAUUGGUCUGCUUCAGGCUCAAGGGCUCAAAUGGGUUGAAUGAACUCUUGCUGAAAAAGAUCACCAAGAGCAGAGAGAUCCACCUGGUGCCUUGCCACCUCUCCGGCCGCUUUGUCCUGCGCUUCGCCAUCUGUGCACGCAGUACUGAGACAAGACACAUCCAACAAGCAUGGCGGCACAUCACGCAGCUGUCCUUUGAGCUUUUGCAGGAGUCCCAGGAAUGACCAAAAAUGCUAGAAAAGGGCUUUCCAUUCUGAUGCCGAAAGGAUGACCAAAGUUAGGACAAAAAAAAUCUAAAUUUCAUGUUACAGAUGUACAAUGUCAUAAAGGGAAUGAAUAAUGCUUUCACAACUCAUUUAGCAGUCAGGCUUAUUUCUGUCUGCAGCCAAGUUAUUCAGUCUAGUAAGCACUGUCAUUGUUUUACUGAUUAACCCAAAUGUGUAGUAAAAGAAAGAAUGCAGGUUCCAAAUUUUACAUUUUGCAUCUGCAACUUCUCUCGCCAGUGACUUUGCUUUUAUCUCUGUUUAAUGAUUAUGUUACUGUCCUCAUCAUAAUCACCUGCUGCAGACCUGUCUUUACUGUCUAUGCGGCUUCUGUGUCUUCUAU